AUGAAAUUGCCACUUAUACUCGGUUGCGACUCUAACGCCCACAAAGAAGUUUGGGGAAGCACUAACGCCAAUAUAAGAGGUGAGUACCUUUUAGAAUUUAUAACUAGUAAAAAAUUAGAAAUAUGUAAUGUAGGUAAUACACCAACAUUUGUAACUAUCUUACGCAAAGAGGUCCUAGAUAUUACUAUAGGAAAUAUUCGAGGUUGUGAGCUUGUGAAAAACUGGAGAGUAUCCAAUAAACCAUCUAUGUCUGAUCACAGAAUUGUAAGGUUCAACAUUGAAGGUUCACCAAUUAACAAGAAAAUAUUAAGGAACCCAAGGAAAUCAAAUUGGGAGAACUAUACGGAAAAUCUGAAAUACAAUCUUGUCCAAUUAGGGCUAGAUGAAAUCAUUCAGAAUGAAAUUCAAUUAGAAAAUAACCUAGAAAACCUCAAUGGUGCCAUACUAAAUGCAUAUGAAGAUAGCUGUCCAUUAAGCCUGAUUAACUCCACCAAGGAUGUGCCUCGGUGGAACAAUGACCUUAAAAACCUAAGAAACAUUGUUAGAGGACUUUUUAACUAUUCAAAGCGAACAGGAGACUGGUCAGAAUAUAGGCAAAAACUUACUUUGUACAAUAGAGAAAUUAGGGCCUCUAAACGCAGAAGCUUCCAAAAAUUCUGCGAUAGCAUAGAAAGCAUUACGGAGGUAUCAAGACUCUACAAGGUACUUGCAAAAAGCAGCAGCCUCACAGCAGCAGCCACAAAUUUCAAGCGAGAAGAUGGAAGUUUCACCGAAGGUGAAGAAGAAAAGAUACAACUACUUCUGGACCUACACUUCCCAGGAUCCUCUUCAACUCUGGGAACGGAAUCAGAACACACUGAACCCCCUAAAACAAUAAAGAAGGAUGAUUGGAAAAUUGUCAAAAAUGUAAUCACAAUGCCUAAAAUCAGUGGAGGAGAGUAG